UAUUGGGCGUUUUUAUCGGCGUGCUGCCACAGCCAGCCACCAUUGCUGCUGCUGCUGUUGUUGCCAUUACCGUUGCUGUUAGUGGAGUUGUACGCGGGCAAACAGGGCGCGGGCUCAGGAUCUUCAACGAGCUCCAAAGAGUGCCAUAGCUGCCAUUGGUCCUGGAAUCAACACUUUUGCUACAGCCGCUGUUACUGCUGACUGAAAUAGUGAAACAGACUGUGUGCACAGUGUGCGCGCGCGUCCCAUAAGAACAUUGAACCCGAUUACUCGGCUUGCCCGCUUUGUUGUUGUUCACUGUGGCCGCUGCCGGCGGCGGCGGCGGCGGUGGUCGUAGGACGGCAAGGAGAAAAGGACGAUAAGUGUACGUACGCUCUCAAUCAGGGAACAGCGAGCACAAACAGAGUGAGAGAGACUGAGUCAGACAAACGACCAGCCGAACCAGCGACCGACAAUCGAACGGCAACAGCAGCAGCAGCGGCGGCGGCGACGGCAGCAGAAGACAUCGUUGUUGUCCUCGUCGUCAGUCGCGCUAGCAGCUUACGCCGCCGCUAUUCCCAGUGUCGGGGUGGUAUCGAUCUGCGCGAUCGCUCACCGCAGUCUGCUAUGCUUUUCGCUGUUUUUGCUGCUGCGGUGACUACUUCAGUGCCGACUUCGACCUGAUCGUGCUGGCGACGGUAUUGGCGACUGCUGCUGCUGCUGCUGCUGCUGCUGCUGUUGUUGUUGUUGUUGUUGUUGUUGUUGUUGGAGAAGGCACACAAAUACGUUACAACAGCAGCAGCACACAGAGGUGGGUGGUUUAGAGGAGUGUGAGGAGAGGAGUCAGCGAGUAGCCCCCUUACCACAACGCGAAAACCGCGCAUCGCACAUCGCCGGAACGGAACCACGGGACUCCUCGGAGCGUCCCCAGGAUAGCACGCCGACCUGAUUGGGACGACAACAAAUGCGAAAGUGGCAGACAAGAAAAGAAACGUGUUCGCAAGCUAUCGGCAUGCUAUUGUAUACUCAUGAGUGCGCAUACGUCGCAUACGUCUACUAGUGUCCUCUGGCAGCUAAGGAUAACAUCAUCAUUUACAAGGCCAGAUUUUUCUUCGGUUUAGGAUACGUUCCUUUUACGGCGUCGAUCAUUGUGUGUUCUUCCGUAAGUUGAAGAUCUGAUUGUGCGACCUAUAACACCGAGUACUAAACACUAAAUGCAAAUGUUCGUACUGCACGAAACGCCAAAUAGGAAAUCAGUUCUCGACAACGCACCCCAAUUGUCAGGAAAAAACUUAUAGAUGAAACAAAAACUAUACGAUCCGUGAUCUCAGAGACGAGAGUGAAGUGUUAUUGGAACCUGUGCAGAAUAGGAUACUUCAUAAUUUUGUACAUGUGCAGUCGUCGUCAGAGGAAAUAAAGGCAUGCACGGUUUCGCAUCUAGGCCUGGCACCGCGUGCCACUUUACUGAAGCCGAGAAAAUUCGGUUAGUUGAAGAAGUCGAAAGAAGAAAGGCCAUCGUUCGAGCAAGGUUUAACCGCGACGUAACAUCUGAAGACAAGCGGCGGGCAUGGAAGGAAAUCACAGAUUCAGUGAAUUCGGUUUCUCCACCAGGCUCCGUUGGACACACACAAACGGAGUGCAAGAAAAAAUGGGAUAAUAUGAUGGUUUAUUCGAAAAAACUCUACUGGCAGUUCAAGCAGAAAUGUCACCUAGCAGAAUUGAAGAAAUGUCGUCCCCCUCGCCGCCUGUCAGACGUCGUUCUUCGGGUGAUUCAGGUCAUCGGCGAGGAAGCAGUUGAAGAAAGUAUGCGAAAUUUAACCGAGCAAGCCUACGGGAACUUCCAGCACAGUCUCGUUUCCCAUACCGGGCAUAUGCCCUCACCGUUUUCGGUAACCGGCGUAAGAGCAGGCGAUGCUCUAGGGGCACUUUCAAAGGGUUCACUGCCCUGGUUGGAUGGAACUGGAACCACAACUCCAACAUCUCAUCAGCAGCAAUUCAAUUCAGCUAACGCGCAAAAGAAUAUGCUAUUAAACUUUGCCGCAGCUAUGGCCUCAUAUUCGGCCCUAAGUCAACAAUCCACUGAUGGCGCUGAGGGUUCGCUUGUUGAUGAAGCUGAUUCGUCGGACGAAACGAGUCAGCAGUUACCGCUACCGUUGCCAAGCCACCUCAGCGCUCUUGGUCGCCUUUCAAGUCACCUAUCAAACCAAGGACAGUUGCCUGCUCACAUGGCACGCCUGGUCCAGCUGUCACCACAUGCACUUCGACCGGCUACUUCGCCCGAAGAUCUUCGACCUCAGACAAACUCCCCGUCAUCGAGUGGAGGCCGCGCUGCGAGUUCACCGGACGCGCGUGUCUCUGCAAGUCAAAACAGAAUAAUGACGAACCAUGCUUUAGGCGCAAUAGAAGCCGAUAGAACGCAUCACCAAGGGGUUAAACGCAAAAGCUCGCAAAUACUUGAUGACGUCGACGAAAAGGACUCGGGGGGUGCGGAAUCACAGGACGACAACGACGACGACGACGACGACGAUGACGACGACGACGACGACGACGACGAUGACGACGACGACGACGAACAGCAACAACAGCAACAACAGCAUCGUCGGACGAUAUCAAAGGAUAGCCAAAAGUCGCUUCGCAAUGAGGCCACCAGCGAGUUCGUUAGGGCUUUACGUGCCAUCCAGAAGGUCGCAGGACAGUUACAUGAGGCUCAGCAAUUCCAGCAGCGGCUGCUUUUGCUAAAGCUUCAGUUUCUUCAGGAGCGUCGCAAUCAGUUUCACGACGGGGAGAACCGAACGAAGAUCGUGGUUACAGGGGAGAGCAGUCCAGCGGCCGCAGAAUCGUCCUCGUCGAAUGAACGUAGCUAGAAAAGGAAAGAAGAAACGAUAAGGGACAAAAGACGCCACUAAAUUAUUUUUAAAAAUACAGCAAUUUCCCUAUUAGAAUUUUCAAAUAUAUUAAUUACUUAUCAAUUAUAGUUAAAUGUGAAAAGAUAGAUAAUUAGAAGCUUGUACUAUGAUUGUCUGGCUGGCAAGGGGCCGCAGAUGACUACGUGGUGUAACUAACCAAUUUAUUCAUAUGGAAUUGUAGCAUAAAUUAAUAUUAUAGGUGGCAGUGAUUAUAAUUAACGGCAGCAAUUGACGAUCGGCAACGCGUACAAUAUAAUAUAGACUUCCUGGUUAAGCAGACAGGGGUUGCCCCAAAAUAAAAAGGACAAGUAUGGAAACGAUUUGCCCGCACUUUCAGUGCGUAUGAUGAUUGAUUGAGCUCUAUCUUUAACGGCAAGCUAAUGUUCUCCCAGCAAAUUCUCAACAAAACCAGUGAUAGCCAACAAGAUUGUACGCCGAUUCUCGAUGUCUAUCGUGUAAGAAACUGAUUUGAGUUAGUCAAUGAAGUACAAUGACUGAAAACCGUCACCAAAUAGCUGUUGCAAUUUUUCGUUAUGGGGCAGAUUUGUUAUUGGAUGUUGUAUUAUACAUUCGAAUACCCAACUGUUGUAUGAGAGAUAAUGUAUUAAAUUAAUAUUUAAAAAAAUAGAUUUAGAAAAUAUUAAGAUGCAGACGCACGUCCUGUGCAAUAGACAUGGGAACCGGAAAUAUAAUGUUGCCGCGGGUCGACCAGUUUUGUCUACUAAACUAAAAUCAGGCCUGAAGCACGGGGUGCGCAAACACUUGUGUACAGCUGCGUUGAAGUUGUUUAGAAAAAAAGGAAAGAAACAAUCAAUUUGGCUGAUGGAGAAGGUGAUUUCUAACAAUGGUUCUCCGUAAGUUCUCCGUAACAGUUAAAGCACUGCUCGCUUUAACUGUCUAAAACUGGCCCUACGUAUGGCAAGCUCGUAAGGAUUCUAAUUCUCCCUGUAUUAAUCGUCGAUUUCCCUCGAAAGGCAUCGCAACAUUGGCUUGUUUUUCUUCAAGCGGUACGUUACAUAACCUUUGAAGUCCUUUGGUGAGAGAACGGCUCCACGGAACAUAUGCAUGGACAAUAAUGCGUUACGUAGAGGAAGUUAGUGUAUUUUUUUCCUGUACAAAUUGAACCCAAUAACGACAACAUUCCGCAUAGGAAAUAAAAAACGAAAUAUACAAAGAUAACAUUUUAUCAAAUUCGCUUAAAUACACAAUGCGAGAUACACGCAGCCAUUGUAUAGUGUUUUGCUGAGGAUGGGCGAUUAAAGCAAACGCCCAGCUUUCGUACUCAGAAUUCGAUUGCUCAAACAACGAUGUAUAUCUACUUCAUGACAGACGUCUUGCAAAUCCUAGAACUGCGUAGGUUUUUUUUCCAGCCAGCGUGAUUCGUAUUUACAGAUAAUCGACGUUCUCAAUCGCAAGAACUAUAUCUGCAAAGUUAUAGGUAAUCACGAUGAUGAUGAUGAAGUUACAACGGGGAGGCACAAUAGGAGAGCAAUGGCCCUCCUAAAGCCGACGGAUUUUCUUGACUGAACACUUAUUAAAAUUAAACGCCGUAUCGCAUCUUUGCGCAUCAACGACGUAUUUAGAUUUUUGGAUGGCUGCAAAAUGCCUACACGAGUAUAUGGGAUGGUGGUAUUAAACCGCUCUUGGAUCAACAGUAAUAACACUAUAUCAAUCUGUUCGGUGUUAAAUUGACUCUGUCUGAAGACGCAAACCGUCAAAAAAGACGCCGGCUAUUAGCCGAACCAAAUUGUUCCUACUCCAAUAAAAACGUAGGACUUGUAUAUAAAAACAAACAAAGCCUAUAUAAGUGAUCAGUAAUAUAAUAAAUAAACUAUAUAACUGAGUAUUAAUCACCAU